AUGGGCCCUACGAGACAAUUUUCCAUGGGAGAAGUCGCGAUGGCGUACCCAUUCGCGUGGCCUGUCCAGCCAUUCGUUCAUGAAGGCUACCUCGACCGUACCACGAGUCCUGAUGGUGCGUACGUAGCAAGUCAUAUUGGACUGCAGACUGUUUCGGGUGCUUCCAUCAUCACCAUGGCCAUCACCAUCACCAUCACUCGCAUGCCUCGUGUCUUUUAG